AUGCGUGAAGUUGUUAGUAUCCAGGCGGGCCAGUGCGGCAACCAGAUGGGAGCUAAGUUCUGGGAAGUCAUCGCAGACGAGCAUGGCAUUGACCCCACUGGCAGCUACCGUGGUGACUCGGACCUGCAGCUCGAGCGAAUUAAUGUCUACUACAACGAGGCUACUGGUGGUAAAUACGUCCCACGCACCAUCCUGGUUGACCUUGAGCCCGGUGUCAUGGACUCCGUGCGGUCCGGUCCUUUUGGACAGCUUUUCAGGCCAGACAACUUCGUUUUUGGCCAGAGUGGUGCAGGCAACAACUGGGCGAAGGGCCACUACACAGAAGGUGCCGAGCUCGUGGACUCCGUGCUGGACGUUGUCCGCAAGGAGGUGGAAGGUUGCGACUGUCUUCAGGGAUUUCAACUUGCCCACUCGCUCGGCGGAGGCACCGGCUCAGGCAUGGGCACUUUGCUAAUCUCCAAGAUACGCGAAGAUUACCCGGACAGAAUGAUCAACACUUUCUCAGUAGUUCCCUCACCCAAGGUGUCGGACACCGUCGUCGAGCCGUACAAUGCGACCCUGUCCGUUCACCAGCUCAUCCAGAACGCGGAAGAGACUUUCUGCAUUGACAAUGAGGCUUUGUAUGAAAUCUGCUUCCGCACGUUGAAGCUCACCACGCCCACGUAUGGAGACCUCAACCAUCUCGUGUCUGCAACCAUGUCUGGCGUCACAGCUUGCCUUAGGUUCCCAGGCCAGCUGAAUGCUGACCUGCGCAAGCUGGCAGUCAACAUGGUCCCAUUUCCCCGUCUGCACUUCUUCAUGCCCGGCUUCGCCCCGCUCACCGCCCGGGGCUCUGAGCAGUACCGUGCCCUGACAGUACCGGAGCUGACCAAACAAAUGUUCGACGCCAAGAACAUGAUGGUCGCAUGCGACCCGAAACGCGGACGCUACUUCACGGCGGCGGCCAUUUUCCGAGGUCGCAUGAGCAUGCGAGAGGUGGACGAGCAGAUGCUCAAUAUUAAGAACAAGAACUCCCCCUACUUCGUCGAGUGGAUCCCGGACAACGUCAAGACGGCCGUGUGCGACAUUCCUCCUCGCGGGCUCAAGAUGUCCGCCACGUUCAUCGGAAACAGCAGUGCCAUCCAUGAGAUCUUCAAGCGAAUCUCUCAACAAUUCACAGCCAUGUUCCGCCGAAAGGCUUUCCUCCAUUGGUACACGGGCGAGGGCAUGGACGAAAUGGAGUUCACGGAGGCAGAGUCCAACAUGGAUGGCCUGGUCUCAGAGUACCAGCAGUACCAGGAGUCAGAGUCAACCGCAGAUGAGGAGGGAGAGUUCGAGGAUGAACCAGAGGCUGAUGCCGAUGCUUAGGCAGCAUUGUUUUU